AUGGAGGUCACUGCCCGGCUGCGGAGGGCGACGGCGGCGGCGGGUGGUGGUCGCCGGGAACUGGAGCCAUACGCCGGCGAAUCACCUGUUCGAGUAUUUGAUCGAGAGAGUUCUGAAAUGAAUCGAGCAAAGAGAAUGCUUUUGGAUGAUCCUAACUACAAGAAAUGGUUUAAGUUUGAUCAUGUGUGGCACAUUGUGAGGAACUUUGAGAAGUGUAAAGAUAAUGUUAUGAUAUCUAGACAAAUUUCUCGAAAGCAUGUAUUUGACUAUCUAUCAUUAGAAUCUGAAAAUCCCAUGUCAGAAUCGCAAGCACUAGAAUCACCUGGACUUUCUCAAUUUUCUCUUAACUUAGACGAUGGUGUUGUUGGCUCACCUUUUGAACGCCCAAUCGGACAGAAGAAAGCCAAACUAAAGAAAAAAAUGGAUGACGAAGAGGCAUUUUCUUUUUGUCGUCUAAAAGAUGCUAACUCUAAAAUUAUGGAGAUGUUGGAGAAGACUAAUGCAGAUCGACAAAUGUUCAUAGAAAUGCAGAAUAAAAAUCUUGCUUUUCAACAAAUGAAGUAUGAGGACGAAAUUUUGAUGCGAGAUUUGAAUUCUAUCACUGAUCCAAAUAUUCGUGCUUGUAUACAAGCACAACAACAAGAAAUUUUACAGAAAAGAUGA